AGCAGAGGAGGUCUGACAAAGCUCCACCCCUCACCUGACUUACCUGAGACACACCAGGAAACAGUCUGUUGAGAAAGAUUCACCUUCAGACUAAACAACUUCCAGCUCUGACUGAGUUCAGCUACGAAAACUGCUGCUUGAACCUGCUGACACUGCACACACUGAAUCUUAAAAAAAAUGGCUUCCAGAUCAGAGAAGGAUCUCAGCUGUCCAGUCUGUCAUGACAUCUUUAGAGAUCCGAUUGUUCUGCCAUGUAGCCACAGCUUCUGUAAAGACUGUCUGAAGAAAUGGUGGAGAGAGAAAGAAGCACGUGAGUGUCCAAUUUGUAAGAGAAGAUCUUCAAAGGCAAAACCUCCUGUUAGUCUGGUAUUAAAGAACCUGUGUGAGGCCUUCGUACAGGAGAGAGAUCAGAGAUCUUCAGAGGCUCUCUGCAGUCUGCACUUUGAGAAACUCAAACUCUUCUGUCUGGACCAUCAGCAGCCAGUGUGUCUCAUCUGCAGAGAUUCAGAAAAACAUACCAACCACAGAUUCAAACCCAUCGAUGAAGCUGCACAACAACCCAAAAAGAAACUUCAGGAAACUCUGGAGCCCUUAAAAAAGAAGUUAAAGGUUUACGAACAAGUUAAAAGGAAAUUUGCUCAAACAGCAGAACACAUUAAGGGCCAGGCCCAACAGACAGAGAGGCAGAUUAAGAAGCAGUUUAAGAAGCUUCACCAGUUUCUAGAACAGGAAGAGGAGGCUAGGCUGGCUGCACUGAGGGAGGAAGAGGAUCAGAAGAGUCAGAUGAUGAAGGAGAAGAUGGAGGCUCUGAGCAGAGAGAUAAGAGCUCUUUCAGACACAGUCAGAGCCACAGAGGAGGAGCUGAGAGCUGAAGAUGUCUCAUUCCUGAACAACUACAAGGCUGCAGUGGAAAGAGUCCAGCGACGCACCGUGCUGGAGGAUCCACAGCUGCCCUCAGGAGCUCUGAUAGACGAGGCCAAACACCUGGGCAACCUGACCUUCAACAUCUGGAACAAGAUGAAGGACAUGGUCUCCUACAGUCCUGUGAUUCUGGAUCCAAACACUGCUAAUCCAAACAUCAUCCUGUCUAAAGAUCUGACCUCUGUGAGGAGAGGAGAGAAACUGCAGCUUCCUGAUAAUCCAGAGAGGUUUGAUUCUUACUACUCUGUUCUGGGCUCUGAGGGGUUUAACUCAGGGACUCACAGCUGGGAUGUUGAGGUUGGAGACAGUACAUUCUGGUUACUGGGUGUGUCAGCAGAGUCUGUCCAGAGGAAGGGACAUAUAUUAACCGGAUUAUGGGUAAUACGGUUCUAUGAAGGUAAAUAUUCAACAUUCUCACCCCCAGCUCCACUCACUGAUCUCGUAGUUGAGAAGAAGCUCCGGAGGAUCAGAGUGGAUCUGGACUGGAACAGAGGAAAGCUGUUGUUCUCUGAUCCUGAUACUAACACACACAUACACACCUUCACACACACUUUCACUGAGAGGAUGUUUCCAUUCAUUGAAACUGUGGAUAAACUCUCACUGAAGAUAUUACCACUAAAGGUCUGUUAGAUAUAAGGAGGAUGGUUACAGUAUGAUGUUUUUUUUUCUUAAAGGUAAAAGUCACUGAAUGUAAUCUGUUAAACUGCACCUGCUCCUCCUCCUGCCUCAUUAUUCUAAAGAUAUGUUUCUUUUUGUUUUAGUUAUUGUUUCUUUUUGUUUAGUUUGACAAUUUCCUUUUUUUUUUCUAUCACCGACCUUUUCAAAGGUAAAGUUAUUUCGCUUAGUUUCUAGUUUCUAUGUUUGUUUUGUUUAACCUUUUAUUUUAUAUGGAUACUGUGUCAUUUUAAAUCAAUUUUUAAAGAUUUAGACUUGUGCGUGGAGCCAUGUAGACCAUAACCACUUUAUGAAAGAUGAUGGAUCCAAUUAAUAAAAAGAUAAUCAGUUUAUAAUAAAUGUGUGAUUGAUCAGAAAUGGCUGAUUUGAGGCACAGAAAAAUAUAAUUUUAUCACAUUAAUUAUAUUUUGAAGAGGAAUUAUACACAAGGAAACAAAUAUUUUGUUUGAGCAAAAGGAAAAAAAAAAGUCUUUUGGGCUCAAUAAAUGUAUUUGUAUGUUUGCUAUUUUCAAUAUUAACAUGCAAUAAUAAAGCCUCUCACUUAGUUUUACUCAUAUGCCCUCCAUGACCUGGAAGGCAAAACUCAAACUAAUUUCAAAUGACACGCAAUUAAUUUAUAGACACAAAGUUCAAAUGUAUGACACCACUCACUCAACUAAACUAUACUAUAUAAGAUAUUUGCUCUUACUACACCAAUGGGACGCAUAUCCUUGCAUAUAAAUCUUGCUCUCUUAUCAGUGAUGGCAUUUUUUCGAGCUUCUAGUAAGGGGCCAGAUGCCUGUGGUGCUUCUGCUCCGCUGGCUAUCUUGAAGUGUAAGGACACCUCAAAGCUCUGCAAGCUGUGUCAGCAGGCGGCAAAGCCACUUUUUACAUAAUACUACUUCAGGAGACAUUUUAAUUAAGGAUGAAUGAAGAUUCCUGAUUGAACUCUCCUCUGCCUUCUGACUCACAGCACCUUUCAAAAAUGCCAAAGAAGACAAGUGUAAUGAAGUGAUGCCUUUGCAGAUGCUUGCAGUACAGAUUAAGACAUACAAAUUAAAACUGUGGUCAGAUGAGACUGGUGAUGAGGUGAAAGCAAAUUGUUUUUCUUUUAUUGUUAAAUUAUCUUCCUAAAAUGACAAGGAAUAUAUAUUAAAAUACUUAAAAUACUAUUAUCAAAAUCUCAAAUCCAGGGAGUGGGAAAUUCAGAACACCAAACAGAGGCACGGGGACAUCAAGUAUAAUAUAUCCAUUCCUUUAUUUAUCUUAAGAUUCCAUAAAUGCUUUUCCAUUUAAAAAUAUUAGUUAAUCUGUAAGUAAGAAAAAAUACCUCUCUUUAUGAUUGUUUUAUAUUGUUUAUCUUAUUUUUAGAUGAAUUCAUUGAUGUUGCUUGCUUAAGUUUGUUGGGCUGUAUGGGAGAUAUGUUCUGAUUGUGUGGGUUUGAUUUUGUAUUUUGGGUUGGUGCGAUAGUGUUGUGACUGUUUUUGUUGUUGUUUUUUUCUUGUGUGUGUAAUUAUUGACUUGUUUGUUUUGAGUCACGUCAUGAUUUUGUGAAUUAAAUUUUUAAAAUAA